CUGUUUACCUGUUACUGGAGAGCUUCCUGCCAGGAUCCAUCCUCAUGCUGAAAGGUGGAACCUGAGGCCUGCAGUAUAGUUCCUAGUGAUCCAGGAAAGCCCUCUGUGCCCUGCAUCAGUUCCCGACUUUGGGUCUCACACUAGAACAUCCAUAACUGUCCUUCUCCACUUAAGUAUCAUUUAGCUUACAAACCAGAGGCAGCAAGCCAAUUACUCCCUGGGGUCUGAAACUUCAACCUGGGAGGAAGACUAUUCCACAGCAAAGGUAUGAAUGCAGAAAUGCACAUCCUAAUCCAGUUCAUAAGCAGAGGUGCACAAUGUCUGAAAAAUCGAAGCCAUGAGAUAAGAAACUCUUUCAGAGAAAAAGAAGUUAACUGGGGAGAUGUUGAACUAUGUGCACUGCAUAGGGCAUCGGGCAGCCCAUUUCACUCUGGAGGCUUCAGUUUCCGCAUCCGUAGAAUGGAGGCUUGCCCCGGGUGCCAUGGUCUUUGAUUCUUAGUCUGACACAACCUGGGUUGCUAUGAGCUGGCUCUCUGGGUCUUGAAUCAACUAUUAAAGGAGGGUAACAGAAAUACCUGUCUCCUAAGGGGGUUGCAGGAUUAAAUGAAAUAGAGAAAAUGUGAAAUGUGCAGCACAGCGCCUGGCUAUUGUUACUUCUCCAAGGGGGUGCCAGGUCCCGGGGGAACUGGGGCCGCCCGGAGCGCAGCGCAGCCCGCACCGGGCCUGGUGGCCUGCCCCGCCCACGUGGGGCUGCGGCCCGUCGAAUGACUCCGUGCAACGUGUUGGUGGCGGCGGCCGCGGCGGCGGCGGGCGGCUCGGACUCUUCCGGGCGCCGCAGCUUCCUGCCAAGCACCGCGCAGCCGCCUGGCUCCGCCGCGGGAGUAGCCGGUGCAGGCCUCGGCGCCGGUGCGGGACCCAGGGUUCCGCCGCGCUCGCCGAGCCCGACCCCGGGCCGCCGGACCGCACCAUGCGCGCCGCGCCGCCUCCCGCGCGCCUUCUGCCGCUGCUGCUGCUGCUCGCGCUCCUGGCCGCGCCCGCCGCCCGCGCCAGCAGAGCCGAGUCCGCCGCCCCGCCGCAGUCCGGAUCCGAGCGCCAGCCGCGGCCGCCGCCCGGCCCGGGGCCCGGGAACGCCACCGGGAUGGGCUCCGGGGAGGCGGCGGGCGGCGGCGGCGGCGGCAGCUCCAACAGCAGCGGUGACGCCCUGGUGACCCGCAUCUCCAGCCUGCUCCGCGACCUGCCCACCCUGAAGGCGGCCGUGAUCGUGGCGUGCGCCUUCUCCGCCUUCCUCAUAGCCUGCCUGCUGCUGCGCGUCUUCAGGUCGGGGAAGAGGUUGAAGAAGACCCGCAAGUAUGACAUCAUCACCACUCCGGCUGAGCGAGUGGAAAUGGCCCCGUUGAACGAAGAGGAUGACGAGGACGAGGACUCCACAGUAUUUGACAUCAAAUACAGGUAAAACCUGUUCUCCAGCGUGUUGGCAUCCUGUGGCUGGUCGGCUGAAGCUGGGGGGUGUGAAGGAUCUGGAAGCUGUCCCGUCCGAGGUGUUGAAACCAAAACAAACAUUAUUUAUGAAACUCUGGCACAGUUGUGUGUAGAAUGUCGGCUCCGAAUGUCACUGCAGGAGACACCACCCUCUGGACGCCCCUUUAAAAUGUCACCCUUUAUUCCCUCCUCAAAAAGGCUUUUGCCUUGCUAAGGGGCAAGGGGAAACAUGCUGAUUUAAAAAAUAAUUUUAAAGCAACUGCCGACAAAAGUAAAAGAGAUCAGAAGUUAUCAAGAACCUAAAAAAAGCCUAAAGGAUAUUCAGCGGCAUAUUUAGGGUUUCUGACAGUCUGCUCUCCUGGAUCUACGAACUUUUAGAUGUCUGACCCUUUGUGGUCUUUCUGGGCUUGGUCGAGUUCUGGCCUUUCGUUGGUGGUGGCCGCGUGAAAGUUCAGAGUGCAAGGGGUCGGAGCUGCUCAGCUCGUAGCAGAUGUAAACACGUCCUGUGGCUCCUUUGCUUUUCCUUUUUUGAAAGGGUUCAGCAGAAUUAGGCAUGGCUAGCUCACAAAGAAUUCUCAAUAUCAGGGAGAAACCUAGACCUGUGUGUGUGCAUGUGGGUGUGUGUGUGCAUGUGUGUGUGUGUAUGUACAUGUGAGAUAAUUUCUCCAUCUCUAAAGAGAAAAGAAAGUGUUUGGCAGCCUUUGCUUAGUAACAUCCAUUGUAUGUUUCUCUGCCCUGUCACCGUUCUACAUUGUUGGUCUUAGAAAUGGAAUUUUAAAAAAAUCACUGUGAUAAUUUAAAUGAAUGGUGAUUUGGUUGGCUGAACAAAGCCCACUGCCAGGGACUACGUUUGCAGUUGGUCCAGGCCAGACUGGCCUAGGAACCCACCUGGACCCAGGAGGUUACUGCAGGAAGGCCCCUCCCGCAGGUGGGUUUGGGUGGUGGCUUCUCUUGCAGCUCGAGUGCCCGACACUUGCUGGAAGCAGGGCCUCGGGCUGACUUCUCAGGAUGAUAGAGGCCUCCCAUUUCACUGUUUCCCCCGGGUUAUUUGCUACAACGGAUAUCCUUCUGCUAAAGUCUCCUAGCAGCGCCUUUGGGGGCCGGCUACUCUGUUCUCUCUGGAAAGGUGUUUUGUAAUUUUUUUUAUCAUCUCCUCUUUUCUGGCAUUCUGCAGGGUUUGCAAAUUUGCCUGUUUAUUGUCUGCUUCACUGCUUGGGAUGAAAACUCUGGCCUUUCCCUACUCGCCCCUAUUUUCAGAUUUUUCGGUGUCCUGAGAAGGGGCUGCCCUGCUUUGGGGUCCCUGGUUCCCAAGGCCCGCUGGGCAUGGGUGCUCUGCAGCCCUGGCCCAUCAGGGUGGCACUUCGGCCUCUGCAGAAGAGAGGGGCGGCCACUCUGAGGACAGUGGCCUCCUGCUCCUCGGCUCCCUCCCGUGAUUUUGCUUCUUUUGUUGACUUUCCUUCUCCCUUUCUCCGCCCUGUUUGCCAGAGGGGUGGGCCUGCUUUAUCUCUACCCUCCACCGUGUCCUCGUGGGCCUGGGUGGUGACUAAACGGGAUGGGCCGCCUAGCAGCUGUGCGCUGUCCGGACCUUUGAACUGGAACCGUGGCUCACACUGGCCUUUCCGACAACCGCGUCUGAACCAUCUGCGGAGAAGCUGGAUUCUUCUGCCUGACGUAUGAACGCCGGCCUCUGUCUGCCAGGUGCUCGUCACAGGGCCUGGCAGAGGCGGCCACCAAGAAUGACCUUCCAGAUGCCACAGCUUUGGCACUAGAGGCUCUUAAAUAAAAAACCCUUCUGGCGUGAGCUGUGUAUGUAUCAGU